GUACUUAAGCUUAAUGGAAGCCUUUCUUCAAACCGUACCAGUCUUCAUCUCUGAUGAUACAUUAUACGACCAUCGCUACUUCUACAUCCACAAUGGCAGCGGUUUUUACACUUGUAGAGUCGCAGCACAAACGAUGACUAAGUUGCUCCAAAACCACGAUUUGGACGAGUUCAAUGACGACCAACUUCCGGAAGGAAAAGAAUCUCGAACAAUCAAGACACGGAAAGCUGAUAAAGAGGUAGAACCAAGUCACUUAACUCGUUAUGUGAACAUAUCUGAAGUUGACCCUCUGCUUGCUCAUUAUUUACCCGACAAUGUCAGUAAACAGAACCUGAAUCUAGACUCUACACAAAUAUAA